AUGUUGAGGGAAUAUGGAACCUAUAUGCGAGCACGGACUGGGCAUAUGCUUUCCCUGCUUACUCGACGCCCACCACCGCCCACCAGCAACCACCAAUCACGACCUCCAAAAAAAGGGGAGUACGAUGAAUUCGAACUUUCGCGAAAUCGAACUGUCCCGAAAUCGAACUCGUUCGAAUUAGAACUGUCCCUUUUUCGAACACGCCCAGAACAGAACAAGAACGGAAUCGAACUGUUCCAACUCGAACUGAUUCGGUGUCGAACUGUCCCGAAUUGGAACUCUGUUAGCAACAGAGCGCGCUUGCAUUACCUUUGA